GGCUACCUGACCUGAAGCACCGGCCGCAGAGCCGCGCUCAGGGCGGGAGGCUGCCCUGACUCUUCCCCGAGGGUUCCCCUGGGAGAACGGUGGCGGUGGCGAGCGGCAGAAACUUUCCGUUUAGCUCGGCUGCCUCCGCCGUACUUCCGUGAGGGCGCUUGGGAGCCGUGCCCCGGCAUGCUGCCCGCCUCCCUUGCGCGGGCGGGGCAGCGCGGCGAGCGGCUGCGGGCCUCCCUUGGGAGGUGGCUGCUCGCUCCCCCUGGCUGGGUGCUGCUGGGGACGGGGACGGGGACGGGGCCCUGCCUGAGGUGGCGGCACCAGCCCUCCCGCACGCAGCCCGCCCUGCUACUCCGGGCCGCCCGGCAGAGUAUCGGGACGCAAGCGCGGGGGCUGAGAGCUGAAAAACCUGGCGAUAACAGCAAACAUGUCUCCCUGCAAAGGGGUCGGAAAGAAGAAACUCUGCUGUCGGCUGCUCAGAAAGUGAAAGAAGCUGGAAGAGACUUUACCUAUUUUAUUGUGGUGCUUGUUGGAAUUGGUGUUACAGUUUUCAUUCCAUUUGCUAUUGUUUCUGUUACAGGUGGUUUGUUCUAUGUGAUUUUUAAAGAGCUAUUCUCUUCUUCUAGUCCAAGUAAGAUCUAUGGAGAUGCCUUGGAGAAAUGCAGAUCUCACCCUGAGAUAAUUGGUGUUUUUGGUGAAUCUAUUAAAGGUUAUGGGGAAGCAACAAGAAGAGGAAGACGACAGCUUGUCAGUCACAUUGAAUACGUAAAGGAUGGACUGAAACAUAUGCGUUUGAAGUUCUAUAUUGAGGGCUCUGAACCAGGGAAGCGGGGAACAGUCCAUGUGGAAGUCAAAGAGAAUCCUGAGAGAGGAAGAUUUGAGGUCCGCUACAUAUUUGUGGACGUUGACACCUAUCCUAGAAGAACCAUUGUCAUAGAAGACAACAGAUAGCCAAUGAUCAAAGUUGCUGCCUCAUCUCCUUGAGAAUUGGAUGAUACUGGUGUAGCCAGUCUACGCAUGAAUUGUUUGGUGUUCUCGAUUGUAUCUUGCAACUUUGGGGUUGUGUUACAGGAAGUAGCCUCUCAGGGCCUCCAUUAAGGUCUUUUCAUAAUAACAGAUACAGGAUUUGAAGUGAAGCCAAUGAAAUACAGUAGAGCCAUCACUUAUGGCAAAUACUUUUGACAUAGGAAAAUAAUGGCUCAUAAUAAACAGUUUAAUGCUGGAUAAUACUUCUGCACACCCAAAAACUGAGUCUUCCAAGAUUUUAGGUUUGGAUGGGGAGUUUUUUGUCGUCCUUUGCUUGGAUUUCCCACUAGCACUGCAAUAAAGAAAGUGGUAUUUUAAGUGUAGACAAGCUCACUGUUUUCAUUCUGGAUGCCUUUAUAGAUAAGGUAAAAUGAGAAUGUGUGUUAGUGAUGCAAAGGAGAUCUAGCCCAAAGGCAUGUAAGGAUAGGAAUUGUGGAGACACAACCCAUGACAAACAACUGAAGAUAAAGACUUCGUUAUUGGUGUCUUCUAUAUAAAUUAACAGCACACAGAACAGCAAUACUGUCUGCUCCUUCCAACGUUUGCCAUGCUGCUCCGCAGUGGUGUAGCUGCUCAGCACUGCCCACAGUAUUUCCAUUAACUUAACUAAUCUAAAUCUUCUGGGAAUGAGAUUCAUAUAGGUUUACCCAAACUUAGAAGCUCAACUUAUGACCAAAUUUCUCACCUGGGUUUCUUCCUUAGUGCAACAUGGCAGAUGAUAGCGAGCAUAACCCUGUGUAUUAAUAAUCAGACUCAGUCAUGCUGAUCUGUCAAGCAGCACCAACCAAAAAAUUUCAAGCUUUAGCUUCUUACAUUUAGCCACUUUCUUGAACACCAACUAAUUCAUUUUCUAUAGUUACUUAUCCUAUGUUACGAGCUUUUUAGUUCACUAGUGAAUUAUCCCUACAUUAAGCAUACACUGAUGUUCAGUUAUCAGCCCUUAUUAUGAGUUCAUUUAAUGGUACAUUUGGGCUGUUCUAAAGUUCAUACAAUAUUCCCUCAUGCAGUGCCACAAAUCUCAUAUAUAGACCUUUAGUAAUACUUUACUGGACUUCAGCCAUCCUGUUCCUCUGUCUCCCAGUAGUCUCAUUUGCAUAAUCAUAACAACUAAACAUAAUACUUUGUUAGACCUGGAUAAUUUUGCUUUAUAUUAAUCACUACAACCUUGACUUCAGUCAGAUCCUCAUGUUGUUUGAAAGUAUUCAAUGAAGAGGAAUCAGGCAUUCAUCCCAGUUCUGUGAGCAGAGCAGAGUAACCGCACAUUAUAGCAGAGCAGCCACCAAUGUCAAUCUGUGUUAAACUGCAAGGCACUUGGGAGUUUCCACACUAUAUACAAUAUAACUGACUUCUGCUGUGCAGGCCAAAGGGAUUUUUACAAAACUUCGAACCUCAGUUGAGAUGAUUGACCGAAGUGAUUUCAUAUCCAUUAGUUUCAGCAGAGUUAUAAAUUUGUCUGCUUUCUUUCAUCCCUCAAUGGAUGCUUGUCAAGACUAACAAGCCCACAAUUUCACAGAUAGUCAAAAGCGAUGGAAGUCCGUGUUGGUGGCUCCCUAUUGUAAGUAUGAGAAAUCGUUGUGGUACUUGAUAGCAUCACCAUGAAGUAACUUUUAUAAACUUCUAUUUUUACCUACAGUUAACUGACAUCAUUAAUGUCCAUCUGGAAAGGGGUCUUUAAAUAUUGAAAACAAUUAACUCCCGUUGUUCUUCAUGAUAUUUUCUUGAAAGCAGUAGAGUCAAUAACACCUUUUGACUUAUGCUUAGGACUCUUCCCAAUUCUUAGCAUUACACUUGCCAAAACUUUUGUUUCAGAAGAAAUUUUCAACCUAAUUGAUUUAUAACCCAAAAGAAGAGUAAAAAAUAAAAGAAGAAAAUACCUGAGGCCCUCAUUGUUUCAUUGCAACGUGCUGCAGUACUAACUGACAGCAUUACAUACCACGUUUACCUGCCCCUGCUUAUGUCCAGUUGCUGUAAGCAUGUGUCAUACCAUGGUGGUUACUGAAAACCAUCUGUGCAAGAGUUUUGUCAUGAAUGCAAGAUGGAGCAUGUUUGUCAGAGCACAUCAGAAAUACUGCAAGCUAUAGAAGUUUAUAAUCCAAUACUAAGAUUACUAGCCUUAAGCCCAUGCUAUACCUUGAUAAAAAUGUAAUUGUUGUUCACCUUUUACAAAGCAAGACUAUAUAAAAAUACGCAGUUUAAACUAGAAAAUGUAAUACUAUUUUGUCCCUUCCUUUAGGAGUUUUUACCAUAUCAAGCUGCCUGAAAGCCAUUGUAAACCUCCAUGUCAACAACAGAAUUGACAGGCUUUCUUCCUGUAACUCUGCGUCUCAGCUUUGCUUUGAUAUUAAUCCAGCUGUGGCUUGUUUUCAGUGGGCUUCACUGCUGGAGAAAGGAGUACUUCCUAAAGCAAGAUGUAAAAAACACUUUUUUAUAGUAAAUAGUAUAAGUACAGCAAAGAGGCCAGCCGUUAGGUUUACUUUUCUCUUGUUUUAGAGCCUGAAGAAAGAAACUGUCAGGACUAGAAACUUUCUGGGAAGGAAAAGAUGAUGACCUCACAUAGUGAUGUUUUUCCAACAGUGCAGGUACGUGAAAUUCUAUGUCAGGCUUGUAAGACAGCAAGAAUUGGCCAUUGGGGUUAAUGUGUAUGUUUGGCUUCAGCUUGAGAAGACAGACUAAGAAUUUGAUUAUUUGCAACGAGAUUUAUUUACAGGUUUUUUCAGUAGCAAGGACUUCCUAACAUACACGGAAAUACAAUGUAUUAUUUCAAGGGUUGUGUGAAAGAACUGUCUAUUUGGAAAUCAGAUCCCUGGUUGGUUGGUCCCUUUGAGACAUCAGAAUAGAAGUUUUUAAAGUUGUCUGUAAAGCUGUCGGUGCCAUAGUUCUUGCACUCAGUGCCCUUGUCAUACUUUGGCAUUUGUGCCAGGCCUUACUGUCGUGCUCCCUAGCUGGGAAUAAAUGCUACAGUUACAGGUGUCAGAAGAAGUCUUUGCAAAGUCAACAUAAUGAUUCUGUCUGGCCCUUUGGCACCCAGUCCAGACCGUAUGAGAAAAAUGGAGACAGACCAAAACUGGCAAUAAGGAAGAGACAUGAGUAUAAUUCAAAAGACGCAGAUGGAUGUGGAGUUGUCCACAGUGCAGCUGACCUUCACGAUUUCUCCAUGAUGCUAUGACUGUAUAAAAGCAAAGUACAAACCUCUGGUUUAUGCACUGCAUUUCAAGAAACUGGAGAAUCCAGAGAAACAAGUCAGGGGAUUACUUUCAAGCUUAUUUUUUGUUAGGGUAGCCCCAAUAUGACAGGGUUAUAAAUAAAAUGUUUCUCAUCCUGUA